AUGCUGUGGCCGCGGGUGGCGGCGGCCGAGUGGACGGCGCUGGCCUGGGAGCUGCUGGGCGCCUCGGUGCUGCUGAUCGCCGUGCGCUGGCUGGUGCGGCGGCUGGAGAAGCGGCCGCGGGGCCGGGGCCGCCCCGGGAGCCCCAGCCCGCCGCCCCGCGCGCCCGCCGCCCCGGGCCCAGGCCCAGGCCCAGGUGGGGUGACCAUGGACGCCAUCUUGGCGCGCUUGAAGCUCUUGAACCCGGACGACCUGAGAGAGGAAAUUGUCAAGAAUGGGUUGAGAUGCGGCCCCAUUACGUCAACUACCAGGUUCAUUUUUGAGAAGAAACUGGCUCGGGCGUUACUGGAGCACAGGAGCGCCCUGCCUGGCGCCAGCCCCGAGCAGGAGGCUGCAGGAGGCCCCUCUCUCAGCCCGGACGCCCAGCGGGGUCUUCACCCUGCUGUCGGGGUCCCAGCUGAGCAGGCCGGCCUUGCUGAAGACAGAGACUUCGGUUACAGCGUGGGCUUGAACCCCCCGGAGGAGGAUGCUGUGACUGCAGAGGCCAGCACCGCACCCUUCCGUGCAGCCGGCUGCAGGAGCGGUGUGGGGACCCCCGUGGAGCCCCCUGUGUUCUAUGGCGUGUGCCCGGCGCCCGAGGACGCACCCCUGAGAAGCAGUAGCAUAGCAGAAAAGAUUCAUGUUUAUGAAGAUAAAAAGGAGGCACUGCAAGCUGUCAAAAUGAUGAAAGGGUCCCGAUUUAAAGCCUAUUCAAGUAGAGAAGACGCUGAGAAGUUUGCUAGGGGAAUUUUUGAUUAUUUCCCUUCUCCAAACAAAACCUCUGCACCAGCAUCUCCCGUGAAGGCAGCGCCCAUCUCUGCCAACGGUGGCUUCAAAGCCUUAGGUCUUCUACGUGGAGUCCCAAUGAUGUUGGUCACAGAUCUCCAUCCUCACAGUCUGAAAACCCCACUGGAGUGGCCUCGCACAGGUUCAGAUGGUCUGUGCCCGUCCGAGCCAGAAGCUGCAAACAGGGAGCGAGCAAACAGCUACAGAAACCCCCGCACGCAGGACCUCACUGCCAAGCUGCGGAGAGCGGUGGAGCAGGGAGAGGGCGAGGCCUUUUCCGACCUUGUCUGGAGCAACCCGCGGUAUCUGAUCGGCUCCGGGGAUAACCCGACCAUUGUGCAGGAGGGGUGCAGGUACAACGUCCUGCACGUGGCCGCCAAGGAGGGCCAGGCCCACAUAUGCCAGCUGACCCUGGACACCCUGGAAGACCCCGAGUUCAUGCGGCUCAUGUACCCAGACGACGACCCCCACAUGCUACAGAAGCGCAUCUGCUACGUCGUCGACCUGUACCUGAACACCCCGGACAAGGCGGCCUACGAUACGCCGCUGCACUUUGCUUGUAAAUUUGGGCACGCAGACGUCGUCAACGUGCUGUCCUCACACCCUUUAAUCGUGACAAACCCGAGAAACAAACAGGACAAAACCCCCGAAGAUGUUAUUUGCGAAAGAAGCAAAAAUAAAUCUGUGGAGCUGAAGGAGCGGAUCAGAGAGUAUUUAAAGGGCCACUACUACGUGCCGCUGCUGAGGGCGGAGGACAUGUCGUCGCCCGUGAUCGGGGAGCUGUGGUCCUCGGACCAGACAGCCCAGGCCUCUCACGCCCGCCCCUGGGGAGGCGGCCCCAGAGACCCUGUGCUGACCCUGCGAGCCUUUGUGGGGCCCCUGAGUCCAUCCAAGGCAGAGGACUUCCGCAGGCUCUGGAAGACUCCGCCGCGGGAGAAAGCCGGCCUCUUCCACAGUGUCAGGAAGUCGGACCCCGAGCGAGGCGCCGAGCGAGUGGGCAGGGAACUGGCUCACGAGCUGCAGUACCCCUGGGCCGAGUACUGGGACUUCCUGGGCUGUUUUGUGGACCUCUCCUCCGCGGAGGGCCUGCGGCGGCUGGAGGAGCACCUUGCUCAGCAGGACGUGGCCAGGAGGGCCCGGCUCGCGCCGGGGGGCGAGGCCUGUGCCCCGGAGAAAGCUGCUGCCUUGGCCUCGCCCGUGAGGAGGAGCAGUGGCUCCAUCUCCGUCAGGGCGUUUCUCGAGGAGGACGACACACGCCUGGGGCCGAAGACAAGCCCAGAAGCUGCCAGCACCGGCCCCCAGGGCAGCGGGGAUGGGCCCCGCCACCCCCCCAGCAGCAGCCCGGGCCCUGGCGCGGAGGGGGCUUCCCCGCCACCUGUCUCCGGCUUGGCUGCGGAGUUUGAUAAGCUGAACUUGCGGAGCGUAGGAAGCGGCUUUCCUAGGACAUGCGGCGGGGACGAGGCCCCGGUGUCGGGAGCUGAGGCGGCGGGGGAUGCAUCGGCACCAGACAGACUCCUUGCCCUCGGUCGGACUGAGAGCGGGGGAGCUGCCCCCGCAUCCUCACCGCCUCUGGGGGCCCCCACGCAGAGGCACUUCCUUUCCGGGGAGGAGCCGUCCAAGCUGGACAGGGAUGUCCUGGCGGCUCUGGAGCACGUGGAUGUGGACCCCGGCCAGUACCCAGCCGUGCACAGGUGGAAGAGCGCCGUCCUGUGCUUCUCUCCCGCGGACAGACAGAGCUGGCCCAGCCCUGCCCUGCAUGGGAGGCAGAAGUCUCAGCUGGUGAAUCCCGGUUGCCCUCGCAGCUGCAGCCCCAGGAGGGCCGUGUCCUCCAGGGACAGCCCAGGAAGGCCCGGCCUGGCCCCGCGCUCCCCAGGCAUGGGCAGCCCCGGCCGCUACAGCCCUGCCCCUGGGGGCCAGCUCCGCAGGAUGGUGCUGCUGGCCCAACCGGCUGGGCUGUAGGCACCCCCAGGAAGAAGGGGAACACCGUUAGCACUAAAGCUUCACACGAGAGCACGUUCCACUUCAUUUAUUAACCCUCACGGUGGGUGGGCGAGCUGUGGCCGUGCACGUGUCCGGGGUGUGGUCAAGGUCCUGCAGACGGCUCCUCCCUAGGAGCAAGGGGAGAAACAACUGGAGCAGCUGGCGCAGCAGCUUGGAUGUGUGUGCUCUGGGGCCGGCCAUUGUGGCCAGCGAGGGGUGCACGGGGUGCGUGGGGUUGGGCUGCUGGUGCCCAUGCAGCGGGAGGGCGUUCCCAGGGGCCACUUCAGCUCCUGGGAAGGGGCGUGUUCUGGGAGGGCUGUUGUCACUCGGCUCCUGAUGCGAGGGCCUUGGCUCUACUGCUCGGCCAGUUGCUCAAGUCCAGGGAUGACGAUCCUUGGCUUUGAGAGCCACGGUGACAUCUGCCAUUUGGGCUGGAAACACGCCUGGGCCAGUGACCACAGAAGCAGCUUCUCCUGGACAGUUGUCCUGCGGGCGGCCACACGGCUGCACCGCCCGGCUCCUGGCCUCCUCACAAAGCGACUGCUCCAGGCCGCUUGGGGGAGCCCCGCUCUGCACCAGAGGGCCCCAGUGUCCCCGGGAGCCUCAGUGCCUUUUGUACAUCGCUUUUCCCCGACCUCGCUUUUUGGGACUACCCAGUGAUGCUAAGUAGGGUGAAUUUCUUUGUAAAAAUUCUGAAACUUGUAUAAGACGCCUUACUCCUUCCACCUGGUGACAGGAGACCGGCCAGCAGUCCCGGAGGCCAAGCCGGGUCCAGCCUCAGGGGCCACCCAGUGCUUGCGUGCGUGCAGCCGAUGGCCGAGGGCAAGGCCAGUGCCUCACAGACCCCGGGGCCCGUCCUCAGGGGAUGCCGUGGGUGUCUGGCCGCGGCCUGUCAGCGGGCCCAGCCCCCAGCAACUGCUUCGUUGCACCUUUGGAGGUUUUGUUCUUUUUAAAGAUACUUAAUAAAUUAUUUUUAAAACCACGUGGUAGUAAUUCUAAGCUUUUGGAAAAGCUCUUUUCCCCAAGCCAGGGCAGUGGCCAUUGGUGAUGCACAAGUGGUGCUGGGAUGGGCCUACAGAACCCGUGGGCUCGGCCCCUGCUCAACCAGGUGGCUGGGAAGCCCCA